UUCGGCGCAUGCUCACUCCGAAAGCUCCUCUCUCUUAAUCUUUCCAUCGCUUCCUUCAUUCUGAAAACUCGCCGCUUUUCAUCUUUUCCACCUCAUCCCGUUGCACCAGGCCGAACUGACGCAUGCGCAGCAUCGCGGUAAACAGGGAAAAGGCUUCGCCCCUCCUACUUCAUGGCACGAACGUUUCGCCAGCUUCCCUUCAUGCGCUUUCAGACGGGAGAAACAGUUUCCCUCUUCGCUGCGUCUGCGCGCUGGCCUUUCAUCCGGGUACUGGAAGACGAUGAAUGCUCCUUUCCAAGAUGGCGGCGGAGGGAGGAGGGAAGGAGAUGAACGAGAUUAAGACCCAGUUUACCACCCGCGAGGGGCUCUACAAGCUCCUGAGCCACUCGGAGUACAGCCGGCCCAACCGGGUGCCUUUCAAUUCGCAGGGCUCCAAUCCCGUUCGCGUCUCCUUCGUCAACGUCAACGACCAGAGUGGCAAUGGGGACCGGCUCUGCUUCAAUGUGGGCCGGGAGCUUUACUUCUACAUUUACAAGGGGGUCCGCAAGGUCCUGCCAAGCGAUGAAAAAUGGUCAAUCUCACCAGGGACCCAUGGAAGGCCUUGGGCUGCUGAUUUGAGUAAACCAAUAGAUAAAAGAAUAUACAAAGGAACGCAACCUACAUGUCAUGACUUCAAUCACUUAACAGCCACAGCAGAAAGUGUUUCUCUUCUAGUGGGCUUCUCUGCAGGACAGGUGCAGCUAAUAGAUCCUAUUAAAAAAGAAACUAGCAAGUUAUUUAACGAAGAAAGACUAAUAGACAAGUCCAGAGUAACUUGUGUAAAAUGGGUGCCUGGUUCAGAAAGUCUCUUCCUAGUAGCUCAUUCCAGUGGCAAUAUGUACUUAUAUAAUGUGGAACACAACUGUGGUACCACAGCUCCACACUAUCAGCUACUUAAACAAGGAGAAAGUUUUGCAGUCCAUACGUGCAAAAGUAAAUCUACACGAAAUCCUUUACUUAAAUGGACAGUAGGUGAAGGUGCUCUAAAUGAAUUUGGUUUUUCUCCAGAUGGAAAAUUCUUGGCAUGUGUAAGUCAGGAUGGCUUUCUUCGUGUAUUUAACUUUGAUUCAGUUGAGUUGCAUGGUACAAUGAAAAGCUACUUUGGAGGACUGCUGUGUGCAUGUUGGAGCCCAGAUGGAAAAUAUAUUGUAACAGGUGGAGAGGAUGAUUUGGUGACUGUCUGGUCUUUUGUGGACUGUCGAGUGAUAGCUAGAGGCCAUGGGCACAAAUCAUGGGUCAGUGUUGUGGCCUUUGAUCCAUAUACAACCAGUGUAGAAGAAAAUGAUCCAAUGGAAUUCAGCGGCAGCGACGAGGACUUCCAAGACCUCCUCCAUUUUGGACGAGAUCGAGCAAAUAGCACGCAGUCAAGAUUAUCAAAAAGGAACUCUACAGAGAGUCGCCCAGUAAGUGUAACGUAUAGGUUUGGCUCAGUAGGUCAGGACACGCAGCUAUGUUUAUGGGACCUAACAGAAGACAUCCUCUUCCCACACCAGCCCCUCUCAAGAGCAAGGACACAUACAAAUGUCAUGACUGCCACAAGUCCUCCCACAGGAAGUGGUGGAGCUAACCCAGGAAGUAAUGGAAAUAGCAUCACAACACCUGGAAACUCUGUACCACCUCCUCUUCCACGUUCCAAUAGCCUUCCACAUUCUGCAGUUUCCAAUUCUGGCAGCAAAAGCAGUGUCAUGGAUGGUGCCAUUGCCUCUGGUGUUAGUAAGUUUGCAACCUUAUCAUUACAUGACCGGAAGGAAAAACACCAUGAAAAAGAUCAUAAGCGAAAUCAUAGUAUGGGACAUAUAUCUAGUAAGAGCAGUGACAAACUGAAUCUAGUUACUAAAACCAAAACAGACCCAGCAAAAACUUUGGGAACGCCUCUGUGCCCCAGAAUGGAAGAUGUUCCUUUGUUAGAGCCUCUUAUCUGUAAAAAGAUAGCACAUGAAAGACUGACUGUGUUAAUUUUUCUUGAAGACUGUAUAGUCACUGCUUGUCAGGAGGGAUUUAUUUGCACAUGGGCAAGGCCUGGUAAAGUGGGUGUUUUGCCAUCCCAAAACCAGGCCAAUUCUCCAAGUGGAACUGUAGUAUAGCCAUCACACUCCUCCUAGCAAACCUUUGAACACAGAACAAGAAGUAAUGACAAUGGAACCAGGAGCUGCUGUUCAGCCAGAAAGCAUCACAAAUUCUUAAAAGGCAGAGUGUUAUGUGAAUCACAUAGUGUUUUACAAAAUAAUUCUGUAAUGAGUUAUAUUUUUACAUCUAAUACUUUGAGGCUGCUCACCUAAGGAAGAAUUUUGCUUAAAAAUGCUUCUUUUGGUGCUACAAUUAAAAAUCACAAUUGCUUUAUAUUUCUCAAUGUAAUUUAAUCACAUACCUACAUUCACACACAUCUACACGUGUAAAAUAAAAUGUUUCUUAAAUCCAAGUAAGUUUAAUGGUGUUAUAAAUUAGAAUACUACUGUUGCGUUUUUUUCUUUGCACUGCUUUUUUUAAAAUCAGAGAUGGUUAACCUGAAAAGCUCUCAUGGGAAAUUAAAGUCAUUACUUUCUGGCUCCACAAAUGUAAUUCAGGAAGAUGGAUGCUACAAUCAUAGGUUUUUCUAAAAAAGAUUGUUUGCACUUAAAUAGCAUAAUGCUAGUGGAUAAUUACUUUUAAAAUGGGUGUUUGGGCACCCUCUAAAGUUAUGUUAUAAAGAAACAAAUCCUUUGUAUCAAACAUUUUAUUUUAAUAAUGUUUCAACUACAGUCAAUCUGUAUUAUAUAUGUAAAUAAUGUAAUUCAGUGAUUGGGGAAAUCAUUACACUAGUAAUUUUAAUCAUUUAAGGAAGUGAUAUUUCUAAUUCAGAAAAUACAUAUUAAACUAUCUUGAAUAUGCAGUUUUGUUUACUUUCUGUUUAAAUCACCUUUGAUGUAACUUUUUGAAUGUAAUAUUUUUGGUAUGGACAUGAUUUAAAUUCUUGUAGAAGAUGUUAUUUCUGAAAACACUCAGGUCAGAUUUAGGAGCUAUGAACUGGGCUUUUUAUUAGUAGGUGUUAUUUUCCUGCACUUUAUUCUAAAUGGCUUUUCUUCAGUACGGUUUAGAACACUACGAAAUUCUUAAGCCUAGUUUUUAAAAUAUAUGUUAAUUAACAGUGGUAGUCACCAUUUUCAUGCAUUGGGAAACUAUAAUUUAAUAUCUGUUAAUGUGAUUAGUAACACUAAAUGUUUAUUUAAAAUUAUUGUAACAACAAUAGGUUGCCACUGUAGAAUAAUGUGCCAAAGUACAUAGUUCUCCUGUUUCAAUGAAAAAUGGAUGCCUUGUUGGAGGAUAAAUAUGAGAGUCUGCAUAAUUAAAUUGCUGCUUGGUUAGUUCUAUUAAACUAAUUUUGAACACACUAAAA